GUAUUGGUCAGUGGACAUCUGGACAGCUGGGAUGUUGGGCAGGGAGCUAUGGAUGAUGGUGGUGGAGCAUUUAUAUCAUGGGAAGCAUUAUCACUCAUUAAAGAUCUGGGACUUCGCCCAAAAAGGACUCUGCGCUUGGUGCUAUGGACAGCAGAAGAGCAAGGAGGAAUAGGUGCUAAGCAAUAUUAUCAGUUGCAUAAGGAAAAUAUCUCCAACUUUGACAUCGUCAUGGAGUCUGAUGAGGGCACCUUCAGGCCGUCUGGACUGGGUUUUACUGGCAAUGCUAAAGCUCGGGACAUUGUGAAAGAGAUCGUGACUCUGCUGCAGCCCAUCAAUGUUACGGAAGUUUACGACGACGCAGAUGGAACGGACAUUGAUUACUGGAUGAAAGAUGGGGUGCCUGGUGCCAGCUUGCGUGAUGACCUCAGUAAAUACUUCUGGUUUCACCAUUCUCAAGGGGACAUGAUGACAGUUCAGGAUCCAAACCAGAUGAAUCUCUGUGCUGCUGUUUGGACUGUUGUCUCCUAUGUAAUUGCUGACAUGGAGGAGAUGUUGCCAAGGUAAUAAAACAUCAAGAAAGAAGAUUUCUGUUCUUCAGUAAAGAUUGUGAGUCCACUAAUGCGUAUGGUCUACAGCUGUGGGAAAUUCUGUUUUUCGCCCUGAUUUUGUGCAUUAUGAUGUCUGUUUUCCUCAAACCAUAUGCUCUUUUACACAUUCAUGUUUCUUUUUGCUGUUUCAAUAUCUUCCAUUUGUGAUUUUCACCUAAAUUUCUUCUUUUAAGUACUUUUUAAAAUUCUGAUGAAGGUAUGAUACCUCUUUGACUGUGAUAUAACAACUGUUUUGUGCAAAGUGAUUUGUGCAGCAGGAAUAAUAAACCAAAUAAAUUUGUUGCAUCAGAA